GGAGGGUUGCUCUGUUUUAAAAGCAAAGUAAAGCUAAGAUACCAAAGUAGAGCAGUGAAAUAUAUAUAUUUACAAAGAAGACGGGGUGGGCUGGAGAGGAGAGUGAGAGUGAGAACCCAACGGGAAAAAUUAACAUUUGCCCCUCCUCCCUCCUUGCUUUGCUCGGCUUCUCUAGUGAAAAAGAGUUUUGAAUCUGAUACAACAAGAGCAGUCUUC